AAAUUUUGUAUAUAAAUCGAAUUCAUUUUUUCUUCUUUAUUUCAUCAAGAAAAAAACUUGUCAAUAUCUCAAUCAUCGUCGUACUUGUCAAUCGAUUAUGGAUCGUGAUAACAAGAGUCAUUCUAUUUCGAGUACAAUCAAAAAUUUCUCAUUAAACAUGUUGUUAUCGUUGCUCAAAAAGAUUGAUGGCUCGAAAGACAUUGUAUUGGGAAGCAAUCUCGUAUCCCUUAUUGAUCUUAUUUGUAGCUAUUCAUUGAUGAAGGAAGUUGGCGUUGAAAAAAUAUACAAAAUCGAUAACAUACCGACGGCAACAAAUAAAAAAUUAUGUUUUAUCAUACAAUCGAACCUUAAUGAUGUUAAACAAGUUUGUAAUUGGUUUAACAUUUUUCUGAGCAAAGAAAUUCAAGACAUACAAUAUUGGAUCAUUUUUGUGCCAAAAAGAACUUUUGAUUGUGAAAAAUAUUUGGAAAAAGAAGGUCUUUAUAGUUGUUUUAAUAUUUGGGAAUAUCCUCUUGGAUUCAUACCAUUCGAUGAUGAUCUAUAUUCAUUGGAACAAAAAAAUCUUUAUCAUGAUUAUCUAUUGUUGGGGGAUUACCAAUUCUUGAACAAUGUUGUUCAGGCCAUGCACCAUUUUCAAAGACUAUUCGGGCCAAUGAAUUUAGUUAUAACAAAAGGUCGUGCCUCCGAAUUCAUUUGUAAUAGUCUACAAAAGUUGAAUGCCUUUUCUGGUAUAAUCGAAGAUUCACCAAGAGAUUGUUUUAUCGAUUUAUUCGUUUUUGAUCGUGAAGAAGAUUAUGUUGCAUUAUUGUUAUCUCAACUAAAUUAUUCCGGUAUCAUUGAUGAAACAUUUGAAAUUAAUUGUGGAAAAAUUUCAUUCAAUCCAGAUGGUUGUAAUCAACAACAGGAUAAUUUAAUCAAACACAAUUUGUUAAAAAAUGAUCAAAUCUUUGCCGAUGUACAGGAUAAAUUUUUCUCAUCUGUAUGUUCUACAUUGAAAGAAAAAGGACAAAAAUUACGACAAAAAUCUUAUGAACGUCAAACAAUCAAUUUAAGUGAGAUGAAAAAUUUUCUUAGAAAAGAAAUUAGUAAUUUACAAUCAGAACAUAAGCUACUAUUUUCUCAUUUAACAAUUUGUGAAGCAAUUAUGGAAACCAAAAAAAUGACGAAAUUCUCUGAUCAAUUACGAAUCGAACAGAGCAUGAUUGAAGGAAUUGAAUCACGAACAGCAAUGAAUUUUAUUGAAGAUGGUAUUAUUAAACUAUUACCGGAAACACAAAUGCUUCGUCUUAUAUGUUUGUAUUCGAUUUGUUAUUCCGGUAUAUCUAACAAAGAAUUGAAUAAUUUGAUUCGAUUAUAUACACAAAGCUAUGGCCACCAUCAUAUAACAACAUUUUAUUAUCUAAAAAAGAUUGGAAUACUUUAUGAAAGUACGAAUCAAUUCAAUUUGAUUGCAUCGAGCACGGCACAAAAAUUGGCUGCUACAUCAUUACCAUCGGCCAGUUCAUCAACAUCGGAAACGAUUAAAAAAUUUCGUCAAAUUGUAAAAAAAUCCAAUCUUAUACCAUUACUCGAAACUGAACAAUACAAUCCACGUAUGCCAACCGAUUGUGGCUAUGUAUAUGGUGGUUCAUAUUGUCCAUAUGUUUGUAAAUUGAUGCAAAAUUUUUUCGAUACAAAUAAUCUAUCACAAAUAGAAGAUUGGUGUAAACAAAAUCAUUGUAAAUUACAACCAAAUUUAUUACCUAAUCAACAUGUUGGUCGUGAUUGGCAAACAAAAUCAAAACGAAUACAAAUGAUUUUAUUUACCGGUGGUGUUACAUAUGCUGAAAUAUCGGCAUUACGUUUUCUAUCAAAACAAAUAUCGAUACCAAUAGUGAUUAUGGCUAGCUCAAUUAUCAAUGGCAAUACAUUUUUACGAUUAUUUUCAGAAAAAUUAUUUUACUAAUUUACAUUGAUUUUAUAUAUUUUGUUGUAA